CUCGGGGUGGCCGGAGAUCGGCGAAGAGCCGGCAGAGCCGGCGGAGGAAAUUGAGGAAGCUGAGGCCGCGUCGUCGAAGCUUCCCGGCAUCCGCCCCGAGUAUGGCCGCGACAUUCUUGCUGGCUGGUUGCUUGGUUGGUGGUGUGGAAGGUGGGGAUGGGCGGCGGUCGGGGAUUGGGGAUGCGGGGAUGAAAGGAUGGAGUCCGCCGCCCGCCCCCGCUGCUUUGAAGUGUGGAUGGUGUGGUGUAGUAGGUGGAGUUCAAUCGCAAUGGGGGCUCGACGGUCCUGUUUGCUACGCGGGCCGCCGAAACGGGCCGCCGGGGCUUGGAAUCGGACCGUCUUCAGGGCUACGAACGAUUGCGAAAGAUUGCGAAAGAUUGCGAAAGAUUGCGACGUCGGGCGACGAUGGGCGACGUCGGGCGUGUCCCCGUACCUAGCGGAC